UCUCAACCUCUUAUGUCUGAAACCUCAAUCAAUCUCAGCCGUUCUUAUACCUAAUAGCGAAAACUCCAAAACUCAUCGUCUCCUCCGCUUCGCCGCUGGCUCUUCCCCUGCCCAAGAACCAGAGACGCCUUCCAUCACACAAAAGCGGACCUAUAAAACACGUUCCCUCCUCCAAAUCUUUUCACUUUGUGGUUCUCUUUCGCUGCCCUCCAACGCAAACACCAAUCCAUCUAUGAGAAACGCCGUCGUUUAGUUCCCGCCAGUGGCACAAGCGGGGAACCCAUCUGAGUUAUGGAGACAACUUCCGUUAUUUCAAAACCCAAAAAGAAGCAGAAACUGAAUGAAGAAGAAAACAUUGAUGGGAACAACAAAUGCUUAGUUAAUUUACCUGAGGAGAUUCUUCUUCACAUCCUUUCCUUUCUUAAAACAAAAGAUGCUGUUAGGACAAGCGUACUUUGCAAAAGGUGGGAAUACUUAUGGGCUUCAAUUCCCAACCUAGAUUUUAACCAGUUACAUUCAUCGCCUGCUAAGAGAAAGCGUAAGAGAACGCUUUUUAUGAAAUUUGUGGAGAGGGCGCUUAGUCUUCGUGACUCCUCUUUUAUAGAACGAUUCACUCUCCGUUGUGAUGUGCUAAGUGAUGUAUCUUGUGUUAAUAUGUGGAUCUCUGCAGCAAUUAGCCAUAAUGUUCAAGAGUUGUAUAUUGAGCUUGAGAACUUCGAAGGAGAUUUUUCACUGCCUCAUUGCUUGUUUACUUCUAAGACACUGACAAGCUUGGGCCUUUAUAUGUGCUGUAUCCUCAAGCUUCCUACUACAAUUUGUUUCUCAAAUCUCAAAUUCUUGCGUAUUGGAAAAGUAACAUUUUCAGAUGAGUACUUAACCCAGCAGUUUUUCUCUGGUCUGCCCGUCCUAGAGGAGUUGGAAUUAAACGGUUGCAGCUGGGUUGGUCUCAAGGUUGUGCGUAUUUCUGCUCCCAAGCUUCAUUCUAUGAGCAUAUUUGAAUUUGAGAGUUAUGAGGAUGGUGGUUGUCAGGUUAUGAUUUUUGGAGUUAGUCUCAAAAAAUUUCAUUACUCUGGUCUUCUUUCAAGCGAAUAUUGCUUAUAUGAGUCACUCUCACUGGAAAAGGCAUGUAUUUAUCUUGAAACUAAGAAUACAUCAGAACAAAUUGCUCAUCGCGUGUAUAAGCUUCUUUCAGGGCUCUCCAACAUAGAAGUUCUAGGACUUUCCUCUAAGGCGGUUAAGGUUCUAAUAUAUGCAGCAGAACUCCUAUCUCAUAUACCUAUGUUCAAUAAUCUAGUGGAUUUGAAGCUCACUGUCAAUGAAAUGUCAAUGGAUCUUGACCAUGAAGCACUGCUGGAGAUAUUGCAAAGAUCUCCUUGUCUUGAGAAUCUGGAAUUUUGGACGGGCGGCCUAACGGCAAAUUGUGAGGAAGAUGAUAGGAUAUUGGAUCCAGUUCCUCCAUGUUUCUUGUCCCAUCUCAAGCGGAUUAAAGUCAAUUGUUAUGAUGGAGAUGAGAAUAAGCUUUCUGCCAUAAAAAUUUUGCUAAAGAAGGCAGUUGUCUUGGAGAAAAUAGUUAUAUUUAUCUCGGUGUAUCCUGCACAGAAGUUCGAUAAUCUUGUGAAGUUUUGUAAGCAAUUGAUUGAGCUCCCUAGAGGAUCACAAAAUUGUAAAAUUGUUUUGAAAUGGUAUGAUUGUUCUGGAGAAAUGUCAAAAAAAUGUAGAAUCGUUUUGUAAUGAACUUUUUCUUGAGCUCUUGCUCUAGAAAAUAGCCAUGAAAUUCCUGUUUUUUUUUUUUUGGAAAUGUAAAGUAUGGCUUGCUGGCCUUCUACCUUACCUAGGUAACUUGUUAUGGAAUGUUGUGUGUGCGAAUUUGGUUUGUGCUAAUUCCAUGAUAAUUAGUUUUAAUUCUCUGAAUCUAUAAGCUUAUACUCAAUUUUAUGUGACCAGUAUUUGCCUUUUA